CUCCUUAAGUCCACCUUCCGAUCCCCUCUCAACUUCUUUUUUUUCUUUCAUCAUUUUCAUCCCUUUUGCCACAUUGUUAAGACCUAGUUAGCCUCCAAUAUUAUUUUGUUUGAGGAUUAGGGUUAGGUUAAUCUUAUAGCUCAAAGGGCUUAGUACAUUGCCUUGUUCUUCAACUUGGAAGAACAUGAAGGAGAGUGGUAGAAAACAAGGUACAAUGUCGCCAUGUGCUGCAUGCAAGCUUCUAAGAAGGAGAUGCACGAGGGAUUGCGUGUUUGCUCCUUAUUUUCCUGUUGAUGAACCCCAGAAAUUUGGUAGUGUUCACAAGGUUUUCGGGGCUAGCAAUGUGAACAAAAUGUUACAGGAAUUACCUGAACACCAAAGAAGUGAUGCUGUUAGUUCGAUGGUAUAUGAAGCAAAUGCAAGAGUGAGGGACCCUGUGUAUGGAUGUGUGGGAGCCAUAUCCUCUCUUCAGCAACAAGUUGAUGUGCUCCAAACCCAAUUGGCACUUGCACAAGCAGAGGUUGUGCACAUGAGAAUGCGCCAAUACUCAACACCAUCAUCAGAUCAACAACAACAACAACAACCCUCAUCAGUGCCUCAUGAAGCCUCCAAUUCAUCCUCAGAGAACUUGUACGAAUCAAGCAGGCUCUUGACUUCGAAUACCAAGUCCCUUUUUGGCAUGGACAUGGUCGUUGAUCAGGCCAACAACAUGGGCCAAUCCUUGUGGUCAUACUAGCUUAUUAUUAAUUAAUUAAUUAGUUUGUGGCAUGCAUAUAUGCAUGCAUGCCUUCACUUUAUCACUAUUAUUAUCACGGGCUUGCUUUAUUGUCUGCCUCAUUAGUGUCUUUUCUGCUUUCUUUAUACCCUAGCUUGUUCUCAUGACUGAAAGGACAUCAAUCUAUCUCUCUGCAUUACCAAGAGGAUGAUGAUGAUGAUUAUUAGUUAGCCUUAGUGUAAAUGUCUAAACUUGUAAUUAUGAGUAAUCAUAUCAUUUGUAUUAAGUUGACUACACUUUUUA